AUUUACCACCAGUUGUGCUGUCCACUCUUAAGAGAAGGGAACAGAAGAUUGACACAACUCUGGAGACCAUAGCCAAAAAAUCCUGUCUUGAGGCCCAAAAGGAAGAAAUUGAAAAGGGAAAUGGAAAGAUUGAAGUAAGCUUUGACGGUGGGUGGCAGAAAAGGGGUACAGGAUGGAAUUAUAAUAGUAAUACAGGCCAUGCAUCAUUGAUUGGGAAAGAAACGGGAAAGGUACUACAGUUCUCUCUUAGAAGUAAAUCUUGCCAGAUAUGUGCCCUUCAUCAGAGCAAAAACCACACUAUACCUGUACAUGAAUGUUCAAAAAACUGGGACGGGUCUAGUAAGGCAAUGGAGCCUGACAUGGCAAUAUCAAUGGCCAGAGAGUUAGAGGAAACUGGAUGUUCAAUAGAUGUCAUCCAUGGUGAUAACGACUCGACCACAACUUCUCGUCUGCAAGCUGUUUUCCCUUCCAUUGAGAAAAAAGAUGACAGCAACCACACCAAAAAAGGUAUAACAUCAAAACUAUACAAGCUAAGCCAGAAAUAUAAAGUGCUGAAACAACCAAAUGUCAUUUCUUACAUUGGAAGAUGCUUCAUGUACGCCAUAAAAAAUUGCCAGACAAAAGACCCAGAUAGCCUUAGAAAAUCACUGGAUAUUAUAGUUCCACAUUUAUAUGGUGACCACUCCCUUUGUGCCAAUGAAGAUGUUACCUGGUGCAGUUAUCAGAAGAAUCCUUCUCAGUUCAGGUACCGCAGUCUACCGGAGGGUAAGCCUCUCACAUGUCCAAGUCUUCAGACAGAUCUAAAAGCUAUUGUGAACAGCCAAAAGGAUAGAGCUGCCUGCUUGACCAACUUAGGAUCAACCCAAGCAAAUGAGAAUUUUAAUUUCAUCGUUUCAACAAAAGCUCCAAAAAGCAAGUCAUUUGGAUCAAGCAAAUCUCUGACAGGGAGAAUUUCAGCAUCUGUUCUGCAGAAGAAUGAGGGUCACAAGUAUUUAGAAAAGUUACUAGUAUAA